AUGGUCUUGGAGAAGUUGCCAGGGUUGCUCAGCCCUAUUCUCGGCUCGUCGUCCGAAGUGGUUUUGCUGUUUACUGCGAUUUUGGCAAUUCUGGUCGUGUUUGUGUCCAUUUGGUGGCUCAUGUCUGAAAGGGUCAGAGCUCGUAACCAGCUUAUUUACUCUGCUGUGUCGAAAAGACCUGAUCGACAAGAUGUUGCUGAGGAAGACAACAAUUACAAUCCUCUCCCCAGUGGAGAAAAGUUCGAACAUAUUCCAUUCGAUUACCAUCGAUCGUCCACGGAAAAAAUGCUGGAAAGGUCCAACGAUUUUUACGAACUUAUGCAAAAACGGAGAUCGAUAAGAAAAUUCUCCUCUGAUCCCGUGCCUUGGUCUGUGUUGGAGACAAUUGUGNUACCAUCGAUCGUCCACGGAAAAAAUGCUGGAAAGGUCCAACGAUUUUUACGAACUUAUGCAAAAACGGAGAUCGAUAAGAAAAUUCUCCUCUGA